AGCUUCAUUGGCACUCUUUUUUACUUUAAAAUAAUUUUUUCUUUUACGCAUGUCACUAUUUUUGCAUUGUAAUUUCCGGUGUUGCUAAUCGUUAUGGGUCAGCGUCAGUCUGGUGGUACUGGAGGUCAAGGAAACGAUAAAGGAGAUGACAAGGAUAAAAAGAGAAAGUAUGAGCCUCCCGUACCUACACGCGUUGGUAAAAGAAAGAAGAAGUCCAAGGGACCUGAUGCGGCUACAAAACUACCACAAGUAACUCCCUAUACAAGAUGUCGUUUAAAGUUAUUAAAAUUAGAAAGAAUCAAGGAUUAUCUUCUUAUGGAAGAAGAGUUUAUAAAAAAUCAAGAAAGAUUGAAGCCUCAAGAAGAGAAGCAUGAAGAAGAAAGAAGUAAGGUAGAUGAACUUCGUGGUUCUCCCAUGUCAGUUGGUAAUCUGGAAGAAAUCAUUGAUGACAAUCAUGCCAUCGUCUCAACAUCAGUUGGCAGUGAACACUAUGUCAGUAUUCUUUCAUUUGUUGAUAAAGAUCAGUUAGAGCCAGGCUGUUCAGUCUUACUUAACCACAAGGUCCAUGCUGUGGUUGGUGUUUUGGGAGAUGAUACAGAUCCUAUGGUCACUGUCAUGAAACUAGAAAAAGCUCCACAAGAAACAUACGCAGAUAUUGGGGGUCUAGACAAUCAAAUUCAGGAAAUCAAAGAAUCUGUAGAACUGCCAUUAACACAUCCUGAAUAUUAUGAAGAAAUGGGAAUCAAGCCACCUAAAGGUGUCAUUUUAUACGGACCACCUGGCACUGGCAAAACUCUCCUUGCUAAAGCAGUUGCAAAUCAGACAUCUGCAACAUUUUUACGUGUUGUUGGAUCUGAACUCAUUCAAAAAUAUCUUGGUGAUGGUCCAAAGUUAGUACGUGAGCUAUUUAGGGUUGCUGAAGAGCAUGCACCAUCAAUAGUUUUUAUAGAUGAGAUAGAUGCAGUAGGAACAAAGAGAUAUGAGUCUAAUUCAGGAGGUGAAAGAGAAAUUCAAAGAACUAUGUUGGAAUUGUUGAAUCAGUUGGAUGGUUUCGACUCCAGGGGAGAUGUUAAAGUUGUUAUGGCAACCAACAGAAUAGAAACCCUCGACCCUGCCCUCAUCAGACCAGGCAGAAUAGAUAGAAAAAUUGAGUUUCCUUUACCUGAUGAAAAGACAAAACGCAGAAUAUUCACCAUACACACUAGUCGAAUGACCCUAGCAGAUGAUGUUACUAUUGAAGAUUAUGUUAUGUCAAAAGAUGAUCUCUCUGGUGCUGAUAUUAAGGCAAUCUGUACAGAAGCUGGCUUACUAGCAUUGAGAGAAAGAAGAAUGAAGGUCAUGAAUGAAGACUUCAAAAAAGCCAAAGAAAAUGUUUUGUAUCGCAAGAAUGAAGGCACUCCAGAAGGAUUAUAUUUAUAAAUGUCAUGUGCUGUUUUUUUUUAAAGGCAUUUGUCAGUGCUUGAUCUUUGGACAAAAAAGAUUCAUUUCAACUGACUUUUUUCUUUCAAUAAUUUUAAAUAAAUUGACAUCUUUC